CACACAGAUGCAGAGGAGCUCCGGGACUCCACCAGGCAGAAUGAAACCAUUUAUCUCGGUCACUGAUAACCAACGCAAAUGAAGCUUAGGCAGGCUUCAAGUGCCAUUUGUGCGCAUAUCUCAGGCCUCCAUCUCUCGACAGGACACGGUGAAAAAGCUCCUCAAAGGUGUAGUCUCUUACCUGGAUGGGGCAUUGUGAUGGUGUCGUUGGCACUGCUGGAGCCCACAUUGUAGAUGACGACCGCAGAGGCGUUGUGGUUUGCGACAUUCCGGAUCUUCUCUCUGUAUGUGCAGUUCCCUGCAGCUAUUAAAGCUAUCCAGGCGGUGUUGGGAGACACAUGCGGGAACUUCACAUUGGGGUCACACGCCUGCCUGUCCUGCAGCACGGACGGAACCAGAACCAGACCCCUGGCUUCUUUCUUGGGGGAUUGCUCGCCAUAGCGCCCGCACUCCGUUUUCUCCGUCCUGACCUCCGAAGUGACGGGGUCCAGGUAAGUGAUGUUCACAAAAGCAGUGUACCAUUCUUCUUUCUCCGCGACCGUGAAGUCCAAACACAGCAAGUGGACGAAACAGAACGACAGCAGCCACGUCGAGAGAGCCAGACUGCGGCAAGCUUGGAUGAGGGACGGGGCCAUUGUGCGGCUGGUUCAGGGAUGGAGCACGAGCUCCGGGGGCAGCUCGAGUACUCACUGUACGGCUCGCGCCUCGCCCUUCCUUUCACUGUAAGUCUAGGUUAGAAGAAAAGGGCGUUAAAUCUCCAUUUUAGCCGGAGACAGACACCAGCUCCAGUAGAGGAGGUGUCCUGAAGUUUGAGAGCUACGUGCAGUCUUCUACUCACCACCACCUGCAGGAGGAGACGGCGGACAGUGUUGUUGUUCACCGUCAGCUGUUUCCAGCCCUCGUUCAGGAUUGGUUUACCGCUCAAUCGCACGUGACCUGGGCGUGGACAGGGUGUCCGACCCCCUAUGACACGCGGAGAAACUCCAACUACCAUAAAUCGUGGAAAUUAUUACUGCCAAUAGGAAGGUUCACGAAAACAUUAACUUCUUUACUAGUGUAUAUGAUGGCAGAAUUAUGUUUCCUGGAGAGUUGUUAGGUUUUUUUUUUCUCUUGAGAAUACCUUCAUAGACUUUCAGAGGGAUUGAAAACGUAACUAACUCAUGCAUCAAAAUAAAAAAUAUAUAUAUAAUACUUUUUAUAGCACUUUUAAAAACAGAAGUUUACAAAGUUCUUUGACAAACAGUCGUGAAGCACAGAACAUCAGCACUUGGAAAUAAAAAUAAAUAAACAAAAGCUCAGUUACAAACAAGUCCUCUGAAAUGAAAGCCAAUUUAAUUUGUCAUAAGAAACCCAGACAAUAACAGAACCCUACAACAUAAAAUGAGACCAUGAAGACCAAAAUAAAAACAUAAAAUAGGCAAGAAAAAGAAAUGUAAUAAAAAAGGGGGGUAGAAAGCAGGAAACAGGAUAGAAAGUAUAAAAAGACGAUUUUAAUAAUGAUAAUAAAACCAUAAUAAAAUAAUAAUGAUGGUAAUAGUAAUGAUAAAAUGGAAUAACAAAAAAAGCCUAAAAGGUUAAGUUAAACAUAGGCUAAAAGAACAGUAAGUCGAAAUAAGAUAGAGGUAAAAGAGAUAAAAGAUAAAGGGAAAAAAAGAGAAAAAACGGCAUCACCUUAAAGCUGUAAAAGUGAGUUUUUAUUUAUUUUUUUAUAUAGCACCUCUAACGUUGGUUGCCCUCCGCCGUAAAGAAGAAGAAGAAGAAGAAGAAGAAGAAGAAGAAGAAGAAGAAGAAGAAGAGGAAGAAGAAGAAGAAGAAGAAGAAGAAGAAGAAGAAGAGGGGGUUUUAUAGAUAUAUUAUUUUGUGUGAAACCAACACAUUAUUUGAUAAUACAUAUCAGAAUGAAGGCCUAUUGUUUUUGGUAUAUCCGCUUGGACUGGGUUUGUGUUGUUUAUGCUUGCCUAGCUUAUGCCACACAGUGUCAUGCUUUAGUUUACAGUAUUCUCUUUUCCUCCACUUUCCCUGGUUCGCUUUAAAACAUUCACUUUAUUUUUUUAUCUAGUAGGAACGAAAAAUAGGUUGUAUGUUUCAGCCCGACCAAAUUUCCGGAUCGGACCAGCAAGCUGUCAGGGUGCGUAUCAUUCCGGUUAAAAAAUACAAAUCGCCACGUAUCGUGAAAAUUACAAUGUGAUGUUACGUUUCGGACUACCGUGUAACUACAGAUAACCGGAAAACUACAUACAGAAGGUUGUUUUCUUUUAGUGACCCUGUGUCGCUUCUUUUCCGGUCUUAAUAUCUGUGUCUGUUGUCUUGAGCAGCUAGCUCCGGACAUAAACUCACGUUGAUCCUGAAUUUUGGAUGGUCACAUCUAUAGUCAGAGAUGUAGUCUGCCCUCAUAAGUGGAAUCAGUGUGUAUUUAAUGUCAAACAUUUGUUAAAUACACACUUUAAAUAACUAUGUCAGUGAAACCUCAGCUACCUGAACCGGCUCUUGUUAAAAUCACUUGUUACAUGAAGUUGUUGUUCCUCUGUGUUUGCAGGAGACCUGCCAAUCUAUCCCUAACUUUUCAGAGCCAACGACGCAGAAAUGCCCAAAAAGAAAACAGGAGCCCGGAAAAAGGCCGAGAACCGUAAGGAGCGGGAGAAACAAAGCCGAGCCAACCGGGAACAUGUUGAUGUGGCCAAACACCCCUGCAACUUCAACAUGGUAUGUCCUGGUGCGAGCAGUGGGGUGAAGUUAGGAAGUACUUAGUAGGGGAGAGUGGGGUAAGAUGAGCCAUUUUUCAUAUUUCGGAUCACUUCAUCAAUCGUAGUUUUGUCUCUAACUAGUGUAUCUGCAUAUAUUUCAAGUUGUUGUGCAUCCCUGCAAACCAACAGAAUAAGUGUAAACAUAACUGUCUUGAUAAUAUAGCAUGCAAAAAAAGUGGUCUCCUAUGGUCAACUUACCCCGUGUAUGGGCUAAGUUGACCAUAGGAGCCGGGUACGUUGAACCGUAUCCCUACAACCCCCCAUCUUCCACCCCAGCCCCCCUCACCUUCUCUCUCCCUAAAUAACAGUCACUUCUUUACAUAUAUACAUUUAAUUGUUAUUUCUUAUAACUGUUAAAAAACUUUUUUUUUAAAAAGACAUUUUAACAUGAGAAUGUCUUUAAAUGAUUCAGAAUAUUCACAGCUGUAUUUUUGAAAAGAAAAAGUAACACAUUUCAACAAUCUGAACUGGAACUCUGAUCCAGAUACCUGUCUUGCUUUAGCAAGCAAGCUACGAUCUUGCCCAAAUAGACUGCUGGAAAGGAGCAGCCAAUUUCAACACCAAAAAGCUUCUGUAUUGUUCGUGUCACCCCCUGCCAAUAUGACUGAUUGACUGGACAUCCUCAAAAUGCAUGAAAAUGACCUGCCAGCUGUUCUCCGCAGUUCCUCCAGCAUAGACCCCCUCCAAUCACCUCCAUCCAUCUCCUCCAUCUAUCAUAUUUAUUUGCUCCCCAGUCAUGUAAAGAGCCAUUGAUAAACUUUGCACUCACCAGAUACACCAUUAAAACAGUGUACUGUUCAUCACAAUAAAAUAGGGUAAUUUAGGAUUUUCUGAAAUAGACUCUGCAUAACAAUAUAUUUUUUUCAGUUGCAGUGAAGUUGUCAUCUAAACACUUUGAAUUUAUCUCUAGCAGAGUAUUUCUCCACUGUGACAGAUCUGAAUACUGAUUUUAAGCUCCCCUUCUUAACCAUUGCGUUGUUGUUGUUUUUUUGUUUGUUUGUUUUACAGGACUGUGACAAAUGCCAGAGGUGAGUUAAUGUUCUAUAGCGGGGGAUUUUGCAGGAAAACUUUCUCCAGUCAACCAAUCAGUUGUUUUUGUUCUUGUGAUGUCACCUGGUAGGAAACAGAAGAAUAGAGCUUUCUGCUACUUCUGCAACUCCCUGCAGAAACUGCCUGUAUGUGCUCAGUGUGGUGAGUAAACUGCAGUGAACUUUGUUUUAGUAAGCUUUUUCUAACAUAGGAGCUGUGCUGCCCCCAAGUGGUGGAAUUCAAAAAGUAAUUUAGCAGUCGACAGUGUCAAUAGGAGCUUCAGAAAUGUUUUCUUCCAUAGCCCAGGAGGAUAAACUAGAAGCAAAUGGGUUUUUGUAUUCAGUAAAUGGCUGUGUCAGAUACACAGUUUGGAGGAUGCCAGAGAGAGUGGUGUUGUGCAUAGAAGAAUUUCUACACAUAUAUGUAACAGAUGAUCAUACUUUCUAUGCAUCCCAUGAGCAUCUUGUCCUUAAAGGCCACUGUCACUCCUUGAGUGUUAUGAAUGAGGUAAUUCAACCAUAAGAUGUCGCAAAAAAUUUCCGCUCUACACUCUGUACCUUUUAAAAUAGUCAUAAAAUCACAUCAAAAUACCCGACACAGUGACUUCAAAACCUGUAAUGAUUCUUGCUGAUAAAUAUAGAAUCCUUUUAAAAGUUGAUGUAAUGAGAAUGUCAUUUGUUUUGUUUUGUCAGGCAAAACUAAAUGCAUGAAGUCAUCAGAUUGUGUCAUCAAACACCCUGGGAUCCACACAACUGGGAUGGCCAUGGUGGUGAGUUACAACAGUGUCACACGUGCUUGAUAAGACAUUAUCAUGAAAGAGCAAUGUUUAAAAUAACCUGCUGGUUCACUUCUUAACUACACUAUUUUUUAUUUGUUGAUUUCCUCCUCCUUUGCAUGUAAUUUUUAUUUCAGUUUGUAUGUACAUGGUUUCUUCGGUGAAAUGUUAAUUCAAACUUUUCUUCUUUGUACUUUUCUUCUGCGUGACUAGGGGGCGGUGUGUGACUUCUGUGAAGCUUGGGUGUGCCACGGCAGGAAAUGCCUGAGCACCCAUGCCUGUGUGUGUCCACUGACUGAUGCAGACUGUAUUGAGUGUGAACGCAGUGUUUGGGAACAUGGUGAGAUUCCCAUCCCCUUUUUAAAAGAGACACAAUAGAGGAUUACGUCUGUGUCACAUUUCGCAUUCUCAGUGACUGUGAACUUCUUGAACAGGAGGGAGAAUCUUCCGCUGCUCUUUUUGUCAGAACUUCUUGUGUGAGGAUGAUCAGUUUGAACACCAGGCAAGCUGCCAAGUCCUUCAGGCAGAAACAUUCAAAUGUGAGUCACCUAGUUUUCCUUUUACAAUGUCAGUUUUGUGGUUAAUAGAAAGUAAAAUGUAUCUUCAUCCCACACACUUAAAUCUGCAGGGUUAUUUGUGCGGAAAAAAACAACAUGAUGUUUGUUUUUGCUCAUUUUCCAAUUUAGGCAUUUCCUGUAAUAGACUGGGACAACACUCCUGCCUGCGCUGUAAGGUAGGCAGAGAUUUAAAAAAAGUCUUUAUCUGCUUCGAGAGUGAACAAAAUAUUUCCAUAUAAACUACACCCGUCCUAUCAUCAUAAUGGCUGUGUCAGAUACACAGUUUGGGAGAUGGGAGUGGUGUUGUGCAUAGAAGAAUUUCUACAGAUCUAUAUCAAUGAUGAUUAUACUUUCUAUGCAUCCCAUGGGCAUCUUGUCCAUGAGCAUCUUGUCCUCAUCAUCAAUGGUUUCCUCUGUAAACAACUGCAAACACAUCUCACAACUGAAAAGAUUAAAGUCAAACUAUAUAGUCCUUCUUUUAAUUCAACUGUGCAUGUACUUAACCCAAAACAAGAAAUAUUCCUGGUGAGCAGAAAAUGUGUUAUUGCAGCUGAUGAUUAGAAAAGAAAUCACAGCAAAUUUAGUAAAGUGCUCCAAGAAGACAAAAAAAUGGACUCUCAGAAUGAAUGAGGUCGGCACAAAUGGCACAAAGGUUGGUUUUGUUUCCCUCCCUCUGCAAGGCAGGCUGCACUUUACCUAUAGAAGUCUACAUAGUGUCUAAAGUGUUACAGGAUUUGUAUUGUUACUAGAGUUCAAGGAUUAGCUAUAUGUAAACUUAUCACAUAUUUAUGUACCAAUAUGUACCCAGUAACCUAAAAAACUUCCAUUUUUGUUGGCAAUACUGAAUUGGCAUGUGCUACAAGCCAGAGUAAAAUAAACUGUGGAUACUUUACUACUUAUAUUAUUUUUAAAAAAUCCACAAAUACUCAUAGUGAAAACUCAGGACAAGAAGCUGCAGACAUGAAUGAUGAGGCUCUCUGCAUCAAUAAAUACAGAAACAGUUGGGUUGAGUAUUUGACACAGCAUAAUCCUCUUAGCUGGACAACUUACAGUGCUUGUUAAGCAAAUGGUCAGGAAAUGGAUAGCAAAGAGGCUGAAGAAAUAAGAUACUAAUAGAAAGAGGCAAAUGGACAAAAAAAAGAACAUGUAUAAGACCACUGGGUUGUAAGUUUAACUUCUGAAUUGCUACAAGAAUGUCUUAUGUGAAAAUGUAUGUGAUGUACAUGUUUGCAAACUUUUGUUUUGGAGUUUGUAAAUCACAGAGGCUCUGACAGAAAGAAGUGACUGCCAAUGCUCCGAACAGUUACAUAUGCACUGCUGCUGUUGUACAGACCAUAAAAUGAGCUGUCUCUCAAGCUUUAAAAGAAGAGAGUAUUUUUGUAAUCUUUGAUUUUAAACUAACUACAUUUAGACACGACAUUGGGAAGAAAAGAGCCUGCAGUUCAGAGAAAAUGAUGACAGUGAUUUAUCAUGUGUGAAUUUGUUUAAACAAGCCUGAACAGUUGCUGAAUGUCACUCUUGUCUGCCUAAGUACAACUAAACUAACUGUGUCAUGAUACAAUAUGUGGUACUAACAUUAUCAUGUCAUGAACUCCUUCACCCCUGCCCUCUCUCAGGCCUGUUACUGUGAUGACCAUGCCAAGAGUAAGGUCUUCAAACAGGAAAAAGGCAAAGCUCCACCCUGCCCUAAGUGUGGUCACGAGACCCAGGAGACCAAAGACCUCAGCAUGUCCAGUGAGUGGUGCACACACACACACACACACACACACGCACGCACGCACGCACACACACACACACACACACACACACACACACACACACACACACACACACACACACACACACACACACACACACACACACACACACAAGCAAGCAUAGAGCAAACUGAAAAAAGCUGCAGUUUCCCGUAAAUCUGCAGAUUGGAGGAAGUUGGCUGCUGCUGAGAUGGAGAUUUAAAGGGGAAAAGGAAGAGGGACGAACGUCCUUUAAUUUCCUGCCAACACGUGUGUCAUUACAGUUCGUUGGAUUUUUUCUAACUGCGCAACAUCUUUGAUGAUGCCAUCAUUUAAUCCAUGUUCAAUUUGAUCCCAUAAAACACGUUAUUGUUGACCAGCUUGAAGUUUCCCUCUCAAAACGUCCUGAAACUAACAAUGUAAGAUCUACUCAGACAGUUUCUCCUUCUGUUUAAUUACAUUAUACGAUGAGGUAAUGUAUUGAUCUUACUGUUCUGAUUAUUAACAUGGACUUUAAUCUAUAAAAUUUACUACCUAACCACUUCUUUGAUUUUAAAUUGCUUCCUGACCAGCCACUAUGACCACUAGUAGAUUAGAUAGACUUUAUUGAUCCUUUUGGAAAGGUUCCCACGAGGAAAUUAAGAUUCUAAUAGCAUCAGUAUUAGAAAACCAAGAAUGAUCAAUAAGUGAGAAAUAAAAAUGCAAUAUAUAUAUAUAUAUAUGAAAAGAAUAAUGAUAUGAUAAAACUUAAGAUAAAUUAAAUGUUUACAUACACAAAGUAGGAUAUAAAGCUAUGGCCAUUUGCACAUUACUGUUACUACAACUACGACUACAAUUACUACUGCUGCUCCUUCCCAUCCUCUGCCCUGUCACUUUGUGAUGACAUAUAACUAAGCUUUAAAGCAUCCAAUCCCUCAAAUAUUAACAAAAGUGUGAUCAAUCAAAAACUGAAGUUCCAUAUGAAGUUUUUAUAGAAUAUUUAAAUUCUGUGGGUGUGAAAUAUUUCUUCAAAAAGAAGGUAAACAGAUGCUUCAAACAGACUUAAAUAUAAUGCCAGGCUUAGACUGAAGCUGGUUUGAACUUUCUAAUAGAUCAUGAAAUAACUUGGAACUACAAAGUAGUUAAAAACGAAAUACCUGUGUGUUCUUUGCAGCUCGCACGCUGAAAUUUGGUCGCCAGGCUGGGGUUGAUGAUGAUGAUGACGAUUAUGAUGGAGCAUCUGGGUAUGACGCUUACUGGAAGAACCUAGCAUCUGGAGGUGGAAACCAACAAGAUCAGUACGGAGGGGAUGAUGACUAUGAGGAAGAUGAGGAUGAGGAGGAUGACUAUGAGGAGGACGAGGAAGAGGAUGAUGAUGAUGAAGAGGAGAAAGAGGAGGGGGAAGUGGAAAAGGCUGCUGAUUCAAUGGCUGGUUUAAAAGUGGACGGGGUUGCCUGAGUCUGGGCAGAGACUGAGCAGUGCCACAGAUCUUGGAGAUCCUCAGUGGAGAUUCACAUGUUACAGCCCAGGAGUGUAUUAGGACACAACAGGGAGAAUUCAGGAAUCAUGUUGGACAAACUCAAGCUGAGUGUGGAGACUAUAAAAUAUCUCCCUGGUCUUUCUGAAAACUUCACAUUGUGGAAACUAGGCAAAACCUGCAGCCAGCUGUAAAAGUAACCAGUGAAAUGAAAUGCUCAUCAUCUCUAUUAAAAUCAACAGUUCACCGAUCAAAAAUUGGAAUCAAUCAUUGAGUGAUUGCUUCUUAUUUGCUUUCCAGAAAAGCCAAGAGGCAAAGCCAGCUGUCGUUUCACAGGACCUCUCAUUAAACAUAAAAUUAUAAACAUAUGUAAGAAUGAUGAUAAUACAAAAUAAAAAUCAAUAAGUUGUA